AUGAAGUCACUGGUAGUGUUCACCUUUUUUGCAUUUGCUUCUGCUCGUGCUUCCUAUAUACAUCACAUACCACCACCUCCACCACCACCAAUAGCUGUUGUUGGACCCAGCGAGCCAGGCACUAUUCUCCAAGGACCUUCAGUUAAAUCUACAGUUACAGGACCUGAUGGCACUACCAUUAUUGGAUCUGCUUCUGGGGGUACCAUUGUAGCGCCACCCAAACCAGGUGGUGUAAUUACUGCUGCUGUCAGUCCAGGAAUCAUUGCACCAAUUGCACCAGUUCACCCAGUCCACCCAAUCCACCCAAUUUUGCAUCUUGCUCCUAUUGCUAUACCAAAGAUAAUUGCUCCGGCACCUGUUAUAAUUGCCGGUCCUCCUCCUCCACCUGCUAUUGUGGCUGCUCCUUUAAUACCUCCCCCCAAUGUGAUAGUAGCUGGACCAUCAGGAACUAUUGCAACUGGAGGUGUAGGAGUAGUUGCAAAAAUUAUUACCAAACCACAUUGGUAA